AUGAAUGAUUACUCAAAGGAGUCCUCAAAUUUACAAAUGGAGCGAAAAGUAUGCAUCUCGACUCCCGGGGAUCUGAAGCAUACACCCCUCGAGUCUUCCGAGCUCCGCGCAGGCCAGAAAGCGCAGAUGCUGAGGCGAAAUGAGUUCCAGUUCAUGGAGUCUAUCUCGACUCAGUCGGGAGAGGACGACUUUUUGAAGAGGAACGUGGAAGACUCGGCCGUCAACAGCGAAAAGAGCGUGUGUCUGGAUUCCACAAACUCAGUCCCAGGCAACGAGUUUAAACUCGGGGAGUGCAAGUACCUGGACCCCAAGCAGGAGAUCGUCAACUCGCAGUUUAGCCUAAACCUGAGCCUGCUUAAAAGGUUGAGCCUGUCCGGCACAAAGCUCGGAGGGUCGCCGCUCAAGUCAGACAGAGCCGCCCAGCAGCCUCAGAAAAAUUUAUACGUGAAAGGGACCAACGAGCCCCUGCCCCUAAAGCGCUACCCUUCCCAGGAGUCGGAGUAUUCGCAGAGGUCUGAUAUGCAGUCAGCUGACUCAAGUCGCCUGAGUCUCUGCAAGGAGGGCUUUAUCACACCUAAGGACCGGCUGGCCUCAGAGAAGCAGAAGUUCACGCUGGUCAAAAACCAUUUUAACAGCGGGAAGCAGCCGCUGAGUUCGCGUAGCAACGAGUCCCGCGACAGCUUCAAGUCCUGCGACCGCUACAAAAACGCCCCCGAGCACGGCAUGUUUCAGGACUCUCGCGCUGCGCAGAUGGAGGGCUCCAGGCCGUUCCACAAGAGUUUUAAGGCUGCCAGCCCCUCGGAACAGCCCAUGCACUCCCCGUCCACUCAUGUUGACAAGUCGCUCACUCAGUCACACUUAGUUUCUCGCGCCGUUCACAGCAGUCCGAAAUACACCCACAGGACCUUGAAGGAUGUAAAAUUGACAUCCCCGCGCGACCACAAGCACAGUUCUCAUGAGUACCAAAACUCACACAAGCACACACAGCAGUCUUUCAAGCACAUACAGUAUCUGCCCAGGGAUUCAGACCACGGGGGGAAACACACGAGACUGACUUCCCUCAAGGGGGCUGCCCGCCCCGCGAAGGACCCUCAGAAGGCCCAGAGGCACUCUCACCAGCCUGUUUUCGAGGAGAAGGCCCGGGAUUUGCUCUCUUUCGUCAACGACUCCAAUCUCGGCUCCCAGAAGCAGGCUCAGAAGCCCUCGCGCGAUGACCGCAAGGUCCACAACGGGGCUCUCGCGCAGCCCAUGGGCUCCCCGUACCUCAGGAAUCCUGCAGCUCGAGUUCGGAACGUCCACUUCUGGUUCAAGCCGUUUUCAACUUCCAAGUCGUCAAGUUUAAACGCCUACAACGGCCUCCAGGUGAUUGAAUCUCUCACUGGAAACGUCCAGAAGUCCUGGCACCUCGAGGCCAUCAAGGGGCUGGACCGCAACAACUACGGGGAACUCAAGAUGACCAUGCUCAGGCUCAGCAACAGCACGUUCAACCUGCACCCGAACCGACUUCUUAUCCGCUGCCGCGGCAGCUGGGACACCAUUCAGGAGGGCAGCUUCGGGACCGUGUACCUGGGCUUCGUCGAGGGCCUGGGCAACAGCGCAGUCAAGGUGCCCAACGCCGCAAUGCUCAACUACGACCCCGUCGGCGUCAUGAAGCGGUUCAUCAACGAGUGGGACAUCCUCUCGCGCUGCUCCCACCGGAACAUCGUCGGCAUCCACGGCGGCAUCAUCCUCGGCGUCUUCGACAUCUGGCUCUGCACUGAGCUCGUGAACGGCGUCGACCUGCACACCGUCAAGUACGGGAGCGCCUACAGCUUCGGGAGUCAGAUCCACCAGAUGUUAAGCGGCGCCUCGGCCUCCCAGCAGGCUUUCCCCGGCCCCGGCGGCCACAACGUUAGCGCAAACGCCAACGCGCACCUUCUCUGCGCCCCAGGCGUCGGCAGCGGCAACGCCAGCUCCAAGAACUCGAGCCAGCUUCUCGGCGGUGGAGUCGCCCCGAGCAGAAAGGCCCAGGAGGGUGCAAAGGGCGUUCAGCAGGCCUACGCUGGCGGCGUCGGCGGCAAGGCCAUCGGUGGCGCCAACGCUGCUGGCUCUGGCCUUCACCAGCCCUUUGCCAGCAACAAGGCCCGCCCUGCUGCCUACCAGCUCUACGCUGGGCUUCCCGGCGGCCUUUCUGGCGCCAGCCUCGGCCUCAAGGCUGGCGCCGCCCCCGGGAGCCACGGCGUGAAGCCUGUGCGUGCUGGCGUUGUCAAUUUCAAGUCUGCUUCUGGCGCGUCUGCCGCCGCCGCUCUGGCCGGUUCCACUUCUGGCACUACUGCUGGUGUUACUGCUGGCACUACUGCUAGAGCUGGUGUUGCCACUACUGCUGCUGGUGCUGCUCUGGCCAGCACCACCACUCCCAGGGGCGGUGCUACCACCUCGAAGCUCCCCUCGCGGACUCCUCGCCUCAUUCCUCCGAGUGCCGCCUUGAAGAUGUGCCACCAGCUCGCCGACGCCCUCGUUUACCUGCACACUCCCUGCCCCGGCAAGGGCAUCGUCGUUCACCGCGACAUUAAGCCUGAGAACAUCAUCGUCGACUCCGAGUGGAACAUAAAGCUCUGCGACUUCGGGGACGCCUUUGAGACCAGCAGUGGCCUCAUCAGCUCCGUCUCCGGCGCCACGUGGCUCUACGCGCCUCCCGAGCUUCUGCUCCACCCUUCGAUCAGCUACCCUCUCACUGAGAAGUGGGACAUUUGGUCCUUCGGCUGCGUCGUCCAGGAGAUGUUUGGCUACAGCGGUCCUUUUCACCACGUCGUCAGCAUGAGUGACCCUCCCACUGUCGUCUGCGAGAAGAUGGUUUCCGCUGCUCUUCGCGGCCUCGUUCCCAACAUUCCCAACCAGCUUGCCAAGACUAAGAUGGGUGCUUUGAUUCUUCAGUGUCUCGACCCUGUUCCUGACAACCGUCCUUCUGCUCUUGACAUUAAGCUGAUGCUUCAGAACUCCGACAUUCUGAGUCCGUGA